AUGGAGAAACUACUGCUGAGUCUACUUGGUCUGCAGACAGUAAUGGGGAUGGGACACUGGUGUGAACACAGGACACAAGAAAGAGUGGAACAAGUCCUGUCCCCACGCCUGCAGCUAGAGGUGAGGUGUUCAGAGGUGUAUCAGUACAACACCCAAGGAUGGAGGCUGGAUGUGGACAGGAUGCGAGUCAAACAUGGGGGCGAUGAUGGUAUAGCUCUGUACUACAAACAGCAGGGCUCCGAGGCAUCCUGUUUCAUGUACAAAGCGCCGGAGAUCCAGAGCCAGAUGGUGAACAAGACAGAGAGAGCAUGUUGUGAGGGCUGGGGUGGCCCACGCUGCUCUGAGGCUGUGGGUGUGCGUGGUCAGUGCUACUCUACGUGGAACUGUGUGGAAUUCCCUGGAGUUCAUAAUUCCUCACUUAUGCCCAUGGAGCAGUGUUGCAGCACUCUGUGGGGACUGAGCUGGAGGAAUGCUUCAGACCAGACCUGUUUGUCUUGCACUUACACUUUGCUUCCAGAUUCCCAAACCUCUCCUCUGAGGCGCUUUGGUCUGCCGGGUAGUGCCAGGGUUCCUCAGAGCUCAGCCACCUGCAUGUCCUGGGGUGGAGUCCACUACCGUACCUUUGACAGGAAGCACUUCCACUUCCAGGGCAGCUGUACUUACCUGCUGGCCUCAUCUACUGAUGGCACCUGGGCUGUCUACAUCAGUACAGUUUGUGAUGGGAGAGAAGACUGCAGUAAGGCACUAAGGAUGAUGCUGGGUCUUGACUUGGUUACAGUACAUCACAGGAAUUUAACCCUGAACAAUCUGCACGUUCCAAACGGAGAGCCACUUUUUCAAAAUGGAGUAAGUGUGCAUUGGCUGGGAGACUUUGUGUUUGUGGAGAGUGGCCUGGGGGUCCGAGUAAAGUUUGAUUUGGUGAACACAGUAUACCUGACAGUGACCGCUGAGCACAUGGCAGCCACCAGGGGGUUAUGUGGAAUCUACAACAACAACGCUGACGAUGAUUUCACCACAAUGGGUGGAUCUGUGUCCCAGUAUGCUGCCAGCUUUGGCAACUCAUGGAAAGUUCCAGACCAACACAACAAAGGCUGCAGUGAUGCAGCUGAGCUCGGUCACAGCUGUGACGUGACAGGAGACACUGCGCUGCGUCAGGAGGCAGAGUCAGUGUGCCGCCGACUCUGGGAAAACCCCUUCACUCAUUGCCAUCCUCAGCUGGACCCAGCAGCCUACAUAGACACCUGUCUUUACCUGUUUUGCAGCCUGCCAGCCAAAGAGAGGGAAGGGGCAGUGUGUGACACCCUGGCUAGCUACGCCCGAGAGUGUGCCCAACAACACAUCAUCUUAAUGUGGAGGACACCCACCCUGUGUGGCCGUGUCUGUCCCAGAGGUCAGGUGUUUUCAGACUGCAUAUCCUCCUGUCCUCCCACUUGUACUUCUCCACAGCCCCCUGGGCAUGCUGCAGCCAUGGGCCAGUGCAGGGACGAGUGUGUUGGAGGAUGCGAGUGCCCUCCAGGCCUCUAUUUUCACCAGGGAAGGUGUCUGAAAAGAGACGAUUGUCCUUGCUUUCACCGCAGACACACAUACCAGUCAGGGGACAAAAUACAGCAGAGAUGCAACACCUGUGUGUGUAGCUCGGGUCAGUGGCAGUGUACUGGGGAGAAGUGUGCAGCCGAGUGCGCCCUGAUGGGCGGUUUACAGGUGACCACUUUUGACAAAAAGAGGUACUCACUGCAAAGAAGCGACUGCUCCUUCAUUGCAGUGGAGGACUUUGUUGACAGGAAGGUAGUUGUGAGUGUGCGCUGUGGAGAAUGUACGGCAGGGGGAGGGGAAGGAGGAGGGGGGUGUCUAAAGGAGAUGUCAGUGACAGCUCUCCGGACCACAGUCACCAUCACGGACACCGGUACAGUGACACUGAAUGGCCAGAGGGAAGCGGUGCCCUUGGUAACAGGGGAUCUAGCUGUGCUUAGGCCCUCCUCCUCAUUUCUGCUCAUCCAGACGUUUGGAGCUCAGAUUCUGUGGUACCUAGAUGGACCACUGGCCUUCAUUACCCUGCAGCCUGGCUUUGGAAACAAGGUGCGUGGCCUGUGUGGAACACUGACCUGGAACCAGCGUGACGACUUUACCACCCCAGAAGGAGACGUGGAGAACAGCGUGACAUCCUUUGCGGCAAAAUUCACAACAGAGCACUGCGCCCUGCCUGGAGGAGCUACACCAGAGGCCUGCUCCACGUACACCCAGAGACGACAGUAUGCAGAGACCGUGUGUGCUGUCAUCCACAGCCCCAUCUUUCAGUUGUGUCACGACGUGGUGGAGAGGGAGCCAUAUUUCCGUCUCUGUCUGUCAGAGGUUUGCAGCUGUGUGCCGCAGGGAGCCUGUCACUGCACCGUCCUCACUGCCUAUGCCCGACACUGUGCUCAGGAAGGCGUUGUGGUCCAGUGGCGCAACCACACCUUCUGCGCAAUGCAGUGUUCAGGGGGUCAGGUGUACCAGGAGUGCGGUCGCACUUGUGGGAACUCAUGCUCAGAUUUGAGACACGGCUGGAGCUGUGAUGACAGUCGCAGUCAAAGAUUGUGUGUUCCAGGCUGCCAGUGCCCACCAGGGCUUGUGCAGGACCAGCAGGGUCAGUGUGUUCCCAUCUCUUUGUGCCCAUGCAUGCAAGGAGAAGUGAUGUACUCACCUGGAGCCGUGGUUCAAAAUAACUGCAACACCUGUGUGUGUGAGCAGGGAUUGUUUAACUGCACUCAAGAGCUCUGUGAGGAGGUCAACCAGUGUCCUGGCACUCUGGUCUACUCCCCACGCUCCUGCCUCCUCACCUGCUCGAGCCUGGAUCCUCCUGGCCAACAGCAGGGGUCAAGCGGCAUGCAGUCAAGCUGCAGAGAGCCCCUAUCUGGCUGUGUGUGUCCACAGGGAACCGUCUUACUAGGCGACCGCUGUGUUCUGCCAGAGGAAUGCCCAUGUCACCACAAUGGUCGACUUUAUUACAGCAAUGACACCAUCACUAAGGACUGCAACACAUGCGCGUGUAAUGAGCGUCGCUGGCACUGUGGCCGCUCUGCCUGUGCUGGUGUUUGUGUGGCAACGGGGGACCCACACUAUGUGACGUUCGAUGGUCGCUGCUACUCUUUCCUGGGUGACUGCCAGUACGUGCUGGCCAGGGAGACCAGCGGCUUAUUCAGCGUCACGGCGGAGAACGUGCCGUGCGGAAGCACGGGAGUCACCUGCACAAAAUCAGUCACCCUCAGUCUGGGAAACACGGUCAUACAUCUUCUAAGAGGUAAUGCUGUGACAGUAAAUGGGAUGCCAGUUAGCCUACCAAAGUCUUACAGUGGCAGUGGCCUGACUUUGGAAAAAGUUGGCCUGUUUGUGUCCCUCUCUUCACGCCUUGGAGUCACUUUGCUGUGGGAUGGAGGUAUGCGUGUGUACGUGCGUUUGGCGGCCCAUCUCCGUGGUCGGGUCGGGGGCCUGUGUGGUAACUUUGACGGGGACACAGAGAACGACUUCACAACACGGCAGGGAAUUGUGGAAUCGACAGCCGAGCUGUUUGGAAACUCUUGGAAGGUCAGCCCAUCCUGCCCUGACAUGGCAGACCAGGACCUCCGGGACCCCUGCGCUCUGAACCCCCACAGAGUGACAUGGGCCAGGAAAAAAUGUGCUGUGUUGACUCAGGGACUCUUCUCAAGGUGCCACCCUGAGGUGCCCUUCCAGCAGUAUUAUGACUGGUGUGUCUUUGAUGCUUGUGGCUGUGACUCAGGUGGGGACUGUGAGUGUCUCUGUACAGCCAUCGCUACCUACGCCGAAGAGUGUAACCGGCGAGGGGUCUACAUCCACUGGAGGUCCCAGGAGCUCUGUCCUCUGCAGUGUGACAACGGGCUGGUUUAUGAUCCCUGUGGUCCAGCUUGUUCACGUUCAUGUCCUACCGUUCAGCAAAGUCCACAUUCCAGCUGUGAUGCUCUUUCCUGUGUGGAGGGCUGCUUCUGUCCUGCAGGCACUGUCCGACAUGGCGACAGCUGUGUAGUUCCCAGCCAGUGUCCGUGUGAGUGGGAUGGCUCCUUGUUUCCAGCUGGAGCUGCUAUCACUCAGCACUGCCAGAACUGCUCCUGUGAGGAGGGUGUUUGGAAGUGUGACGGUGUGGCUUGCCCUCCUCCCUCCCCUCCCUGUCUUGAGUCAGAGUUUACCUGUGCUGGGGGACGCUGCAUCCCCUCCCAGUGGGUGUGUGACAAUGAAGAUGACUGUGGUGACGGUUCAGAUGAGAUCUGUCCGUCCACCUACUGUGGUGUAGUUUGUGACGAAGGGGAGUUCCUGUGUGCGGGGGGACGAUGUAUUCUGUACCUGCAUCGAUGCGAUGGCCACGAUGACUGUGGGGACCUCAGUGAUGAGAGAGGGUGUGUGUGCGCACCAGGAGAGUUUCAGUGUCGAGGAGACCAGUGCGUCCCCGCAGACAGAGUGUGUGAUGGAACCAAAGACUGUCCCUCUGGAAUCGAUGAGGCUGUCUGUCCAAGUAAAGUGACCUGUGCUCCGGACCAGUUUGCCUGUGGUGAUGGUACAUGUGUUGCCAUCACUAAGCUGUGUGAUGGAGCCACUGACUGUCCAGGAAGAGAGGAUGAGAACAGAACCAACUGCUUCACCAAUACCACAACACCAUCACUCCUGCCUGUCACACCAAUGUCUGCUUGCAGGUCUUAUGAGUUCAGCUGUGCCACUGUUGGGCAGUGUGUGCCUCAGGCCUGGCGCUGCGAUGGAGAAACAGAUUGUAUGGAUGGCAGUGAUGAGCAGCAGUGUGGCGCCCCGUGUGGCUCCGGCCAGGUGCCUUGUGUCAGUGGGGACCAGUGCGUGGACUACCAGCAGCUCUAUAAAACUGUCUCACCAGCACUUCCUGGCAGCAACACCACUGUCACCUGCUCUGAGUUCACCUGUAUGGAUGGAACCUGUGUGCCUUUUAACGUGUGUAACGGUGUUCCAGACUGCCCAGACUCCUCAUUAGGGUCGCUCGGAGGCCCCACAGACGAGCAGGGCUGUAAAACCUGGAGCUCCUGGGGGCCUUGGAGUCCUUGCAGCACCACCUGUGGGACGGGCUUCAUGAGCCGGGAGAGAUCAUGCCCUCCAGGGGACCCGCUGCACCACUGCCGGGGUCAGGACAUCCAGAGGCAGGAGUGUUUCAAUACCACCUGUCCUGUUGAUGGUCGAUGGCUGCCGUGGGGGAGCUGGUCAAACUGUUCCAGUGGUUGUGGUGGAGUUCAGGUCAGAAACAGAGCAUGCACACCUCCUCUCUACGGAGGACAGGACUGUUCCCAGCUCCCGGGACCAUCUAAUCUGUCCAUGGAGAUCAAACCAUGUCUGAAUGAUGGAUGUGACAACACCAGCUGUCCCAGAGGCUUGGUUAGACACAGCUGUGCUCCCUGCCCGUUGUCCUGUGCCCACAUCAGCAGUGAGUCCACCUGUGAUCCCAGCGCACCCUGCUUCUCAGGAUGCUGGUGUCCAGAGGGGCAGGUGAUGAGCCACACAGGGCAGUGUGUGUCACCAGAGGAGUGUGUGUGUGAGGCGGCGGGUGUGCGCUACUGGCCGGGCCAGCAGAUCAAAAUGGACUGUGAGGUUUGUGUGUGCGAGAGAGGAAGGCCACAGAGGUGUCAGCCCAACCCUGACUGCUCAAUCCACUGUGGAUGGUCAUCAUGGUCUGAGUGGGGAGAGUGUUUGGGGCCGUGUGGUGUGCAGAGCGUUCAGUGGUCCUUCCGCAGCCCAAACAACCCCCCCAAACAUGCAGAUGGUAGAACAUGCAGAGGAAUUUACAGGAAAGCUCGCCGGUGUCAGACAGCCCCCUGUGAGGAGUGUGAGUAUCACGGUCAGUCCCACACAGUGGGCGACAGAUGGUGGUCAGACCAGUGUCAGCUAUGCCGCUGUCUUCCCAACCUCACAGUGCAGUGCUCCCCCUACUGUCCAUACGCCGCCACUGGCUGCCCUCAGGGCCAAAGUCUGGUGCCUGGAGAGGGAGACAGGUGUUGUUACUGCCAAGGUGAAAAUGGCACAAUACUUAUAACAAUUGGCCCUGUCACUGUGACCUCCAAGCCAGCACAGGUCACUACACCCCUGAUUCCCACAUACCCUCUUCCUCCUGGAGAGGAAUGUUGGUCUCCCCUGGGUGUCCAGUCUCUUCCUGCCUCAAGUUUCAGUGCAUCUUCACAGCAGGCCGGUCACCCCCCUGAUGCAGCUCGUCUGCAUGCUCCGGAACCAGAGGAGUAUAAGGACCUACCACAGCGGAGGCCUGACAGCUACACCCGCAACACACAGAGUCCCUAUAUACAGAUAGACCUGCUAAAGCCAUACAACAUCACUGGUGUGUUGACCCAGGGUGGAGGUGUGUUUGGCACAUUUGUGUCCAGCUUCUUCCUCCAGUUCAGCCAGGAUGGAAAACAGUGGUACACUUACAAGGAGCUGGUCACCGAUGCCCCACCCAGAGCCAAGGUUUUUCUUGGUAAUCAUGAUGAUCGAGGAGUGACAGAGAGCAGACUGGACAGGAUCGUGUCGGCUCAGUUUGUCCGCCUCUUGCCCCAUGACUUCCAGAAUGGCAUCUAUCUUCGCCUUGAGAUCAUGGGCUGUGGCGAUGCAGGUGGCUGCAGAGAGAAAGAGUUCCAAUGUGAGAACGGUCGCUGCGUGCCAGCAGGUCCUCUGGGCGUGGUCUGCGAUGGCGUUAAUGAUUGUGGGGACAGUUCAGAUGAGACCCACUGUGGUACGCAACCUUCCACUACAGCCACCAGUCCACGUAGCUGCCCUGCUGGUCAGUUCUCCUGCCCCCCACCAGGGGGCUGCAUUGAGGCAUGGAAGCGUUGUGAUGGAAAUCCUCACUGUCCCAGAGGAGAGGAUGAAAGUGGAUGCCACCCUCAUGACAACAUUACCGCCCAGCCGUACACACCCACGCCUGCCCCGCUGAGGACUCCAUCUAUGGCUGCAGUCUCACAUCCUGCUGACGGUGGCCCGGGAUAUCACGGUAUCUGCUCCUCUCCUCUUGGACUGGAGGAUGGGAGAAUUCAUUACGGUCAGCUCACCUCGUCCUCCCAUCGUGAGAACAACCCUGCCGAUGCCGGGCGGCUGAAUAUAGUCCCAAACAUCCAGGUGAUGGAGCCCGGUUGGAGCCCGUUACCUACAGACCCUCAGCCGUAUUUUCAGGUGGAUUUCUUGGAGCCCAUGUGGGUGUCAGGCGUGGUGACACAGGGCACUGAGCGAAUGUGGGGUUACCUCACCAAAUACCGCCUGGCAUUUGCCCUGCACAGCAGCCUUUUCACAGACUUUACUGAGAAUGGGAAGCCUGAUGGCCCCGCUAAGGUGUUUGAGGUACGGAUGGUGGGCAGGACCCCUGUGACCCGCUGGCUCGGUCGGCUGGUCAGAGCUCGCUACGUGCGCAUCAUGACUACAGAGUACAGGCACACGUUUUACCUGCGCGUGGAGAUCCUCGGCUGCCGAGGAGAUGAGCUGGUGACCCCCAGCAGUGUGACAACAUCUCCCUCUGGUGGUGGGAAAGUGACUGUGCAGCGCUGUGAGCCUGGUCAGUUUUUCUGCCAGCACAGUGACGAGUGCAUCUCUGUGUCUCUGCUUUGUGAUGGUCGACCAGACUGCAAGGAUGAUUCUGAUGAGAUCGGCUGUGGUACAGCUCCAACAAGAGGCUUUCCAGGUCUGCAAAACCAGACCAGCUCUGCAGGGAGACCCGGUAUCCAUGGUGACCACACAACAGGUGCCCCAGGCCUGUAUACCACCAGGUCUCAGGGUGGACUCCCUGGAGUGCCCACAUCAGGAGUCACUACAGGUCAUCCUGGACUGCAUCUCAGCACGCGACUCGACUCGGGUACGCCCGGUCUUCGAUCCACUAAAGGUUGGAGCCCAGCCCCCGUGAUCACCACCAGCCCCCGUGAUACCGGCUUACCCAGAGUGAUUUGCGUGCAGGGCCAGUUUGCGUGCGGAUCGUUUGGUUGUGUCGACUCAGCACAAGUGUGCGAUGGGAUACGGGACUGUUUGGAUGGGUCAGACGAGCAGCACUGCACCACAGCCAGGCCGGCAGUGACUCCGCAGCGGCCCACGGUGCCCAGCCCGUGCUCUCCCAAGCAGUUCUCCUGUGACAGUGGGGAGUGUGUUCACCUGGACCGCAGGUGUGACCUGCAGAAGGACUGCGUAGAUGGAUCUGAUGAAAAAGACUGUGUGGACUGUAUCAUGUCCCCGUGGACAGCGUGGAGCGCCUGCAGUGUAUCAUGUGGUCUUGGCUCCUUGUUCCGGCAGAGGGACAUAUUAAGGGAAGCUCUGCCGGGAGGAGCUUGUAGCGGAGAUCAGUUUGACAGUCGAGCCUGCUUUCCUCAAGCGUGUCCAGUUAAUGGUCACUGGUCAGAGUGGACAGAGUGGUCGGAAUGUGACGCCCGCUGUGGAGGAGGAGUCAGGCAGAGGAACCGGACCUGCUCAGCUCCGCCCCCUAAGAACGGUGGACGGGACUGUGAGGGGAUGACCAGGCAGAGCCAGAGCUGCAACAUCCAGCCCUGCACCAAAGACACGGACACACAGACAGGUUGUGUCCGUGGCAUGGUGUUGGUAACAGAGGAAGACUGUCAGGCCGGGAGAGUCGAUCCUUGUCCUCCUACUUGCUCACAUCUCAGCUUGGACAGCAACUGCACUGCUGAGUGUAUUUCGGGCUGUCGUUGUCCCUACGGGCUGUACCUUCAAGAGGGACGAUGUGUGAAUUCAAGCCAGUGUGUCUGUCACUGGGAUGGCCAAACACUGCAGCCGGGACAGGUGGUCACCAGGGACCAGUGUACCACGUGUAAGUGCAAAGAUGGGCAAGUGACAUGUGACAGAGCUGCCUGUGUUGUAACCUGUCACUGGUCAGCCUGGUCGUCAUGGUCACCAUGUGAUGUAACCUGUGGUCUGGGGCUACAACAACGUUACAGGUCUCCAGUGAUUCCAGCAGGAGCAGUCAGAGUUCAGCCCUGUCCAGGAGACUCCUCUGAGGCUCAGCGUUGCUCCAGCACAUGUUUCCCUGUGCUACCAGGUGGGACAUGGAGUAAGUGGACCAGCUGGUCAGAGUGCAGUAAAACAUGUUUCAACCACGUAGAUGAUGUGGGGAUGAGGCGGCGAUUCCGCAGCUGCACGCCGUUUAACCACACGCAGUCCGCCUGCGAUGGAGACAGUGAGGAGCAGGAGCCGUGCAACACUGAGCACUGUCCGGUGCCCGGUGGCUGGUCAGCCUGGUCGGCCUGGUCUCAGUGUUCGUCCAGGUGUGACUCUGGUGUCCAGACAAGAGAGAGGUUGUGUAAUUCCCCAACACCACAGCAUGGAGGUAAAAGCUGUUUUGGGCCUCACAUACAGACGCGCGACUGCAACUCUCACCCCUGCUCAGGUGUGUGUCCAGAGGGCAUGACGUAUAUGACAGUACGAGAGUGCGAGGCUCAGGGUGGCGCGUGCCCACGGGUGUGCUUGGACAUGACCUCCACAGAGGUACAGUGUGCCACCACCUGUUACGACGGCUGCUACUGCGCCCCAGGCUUCUACCUGCUCAACAGCAGCUGCGUGCCCCUGGCACAGUGCCCGUGUUACCACCAGGGGGAGAUGUACCCAGCUGGCGCCACCCUGCCUGUUGAUGCCUGUAAUAACUGUACAUGCACCGAUGGAGAAAUGGAGUGUGGGACAGCUCCCUGCCCCGUGGACUGUGGCUGGAGCAGCUGGACACAGUGGAGCGCCUGCAGCCGCACGUGUGACGUUGGUGUGAGGAGGAGGUAUCGUUCAGGAACCAAUCCUCCUCCUGCGUUCGGUGGUCGUCCCUGCAAAGGAGACAGGGUUGGGAUUGAUACCUGCAGCAUUGAGCCCUGCUUUGGUUUGAAGGAGCCAUGGAGUCCAUGGUCAGAGUGUUCAGUGACGUGUGGAGGAGGGUACAGGACCCGAACCCGCGGACCCAUACGGAUUCACGGCACCACGCAGCAGUUCAGCACCUGCAACCUGCAGCCUUGUGGUAACACAAGAACAAAGUGUCCUCCGGGCCAGGAGUGGAUGCAGUGUCUGAUGGGAGCAGUGUCGUGCAUGGACCUCACAUUGGAUCUCAGCAAGAACUGUACUCCAGGAUGCCGGUGUCCACAAGGGACUCUCCAGCAGGACGGUGUGUGUGUGAGCGAGUCUGACUGUCGCUGUGAUGUAGGCGGAGAGCAGUACAAACCGGGAGACAUUGUGCCCUUAGACUGCAAUAACUGUACCUGUGAAGGAGGAAGGCUGGUGACUUGCUCUCGUUUUAACUGCAAUGUUGAUGGCCAGUGGUCAGCAUGGACUCCCUGGGGUCAUUGUUCAGCGUCAUGUGGAGCAGGCCUCCAGUCUCGAUACCGGUUCUGCUCCAGCCCCCGGCCCUCUGGCAGUGGCCUGCCUUGUAUGGGCCCUCACCAUGAGGACCAAGUCUGCAUCAUCGCCCCAUGUGAUCGUGAUGGUGGCUGGGGUCAGUGGAGUCAUUGGACAGAGUGUACCAAGUCUUGUGGUGGUGGGGUCCGAAGCAGAAGGAGAAAUUGUGACAGUCCCACUCCAGAGGCGGAGGGGAAUUACUGUGAGGGGCUGGGAAGUGAAGUCACAUCCUGUAACACCGACCACUGCCCAGUGGCACCAUGUUCCCAGGUCGCAGGAACAGUGUUCAGCAGCUGUGGACCAUCCUGCCCUCGCUCCUGUGAUGACCUUACUCACUGUGAGUGGCACUGUGAGCCAGGAUGCUACUGUACAGAGGGAAAAGUCCUGUCUGCUAAUGGGACCGUCUGUUUAGAGAAGGAAGAUUGUCCCUGCCUGGACCUUAACACCGGACAACGACUGGAACCUGGAGACACCAUUGAAGCCAUUGAUGGAUGCAACAACUGCACCUGUGAAGGUGGGAAAUUCAACUGUACUCGAAACCCUUGUCCAGUGUCAGGAGGCUGGUGUGAGUGGUCAGAGUGGACUCCCUGCUCCAGGACCUGUGGAGCAGAGUCAGUGUCCCGAUACAGAAGCUGCAGCUGUCCUGAGCCAGAGGCCGGAGGAGAGCCGUGCUCUGGUGAGCAGGAACUACACAGUGGGAUUGGAGUCCAGAUCCAGAGGCAGCCCUGCCCUGUCAUUACUUUCUGUCCAGUUCAUGGCUCGUGGAGUCCCUGGUCCACGUGGUCAGAGUGCGAUGGAUGCACGGGGUCGUCGACUCGGACCAGAGCGUGUAACAGUCCUCCUGCUAGAUUCGGUGGUCUGCCAUGUCUGGGAGAGGGGAGGCAGAGCCGCCCUUGCAGUGAAAAUCUCACCGUCUGCUCAGACUGUGGUGGAGGCCAGGAGGAAUGGCCUUGUGGGAAGCCCUGUCCUCGCUCCUGUUCGGAUCUCCAUGGUGACACAGAGUGCUUGGACUCCCUUGAGUGUAACGCGACCUGUGGUUGUCCUGGUGACAUGGUGCUGCAGGACGGCGUGUGUGUGGUCAGACAGGAGUGUCGCUGCAAAUACCACAACAGCUCUGCAAAUGGUUUGAUCCUAAUUUUGCUAACUUGUAAAUAUCUAGUGGAGGUUCUGGAUUCAAGCAACGCAUUGUGGCUGUGGCCCAGUGGAUCUGAUUGGCUGUUUGCAAAUCCAGGAGAGAAAAUUAUCAGUGACUGCAAAAACUGUUCAUGUGAGGCUGGAGUUCUGCAGUGUCAGUCUGUCCCCGGCUGCCAUGUCGAUGGUGAGUCAGUGGGCCCGUGGUUGCCGUGGUCUCAGUGGUCUGCGUGCUCGGUCAGCUGCGGUGGAGGGCAGCAGUACCGCUCUCGUGUCUGCAGCUCUCCAGCGUGCAGCGGCCUCAGUCAUCAGAGCAAGAUCUGCAACACCCACGUCUGCCUCGAGGUGGGCUGCCCUCCUGGCAGGCUGUACAGGGAGUGUGAACGAGGAGAAGGUUGUCCUUUCAGCUGCGCUCAGGUCAGCGGCAGGGAGGGAUGCUACGCUGACGGCUGUGAGGAAGGCUGCCACUGUCCCGUGCACACCUACCAACACCGUGGACUCUGCUUAUCGGAGUGUCCAUGUCUGGUGGAUAAAGAGCUGCUGGCCUCUCUGCAGAGCGUCUCUGUGACACCAGUCGCAUCCCUGCUUUUUCAUAACAUCUCAGAGGAUAUGGAGCUCCAGUCUGGAGAUACGUUUGUCCAUGACUGCAGCACCUGCAAGUGUGUGCAUGGCAGGUGGAACUGUUCUCUGGAGCACUGCCCUGUACAUGGCGGUUUGUCUUCCUGGGGCCCCUGGAGCCCUUGCUCACUAUCCUGUGGUGGUUUGGGACUCAAAACUCGCUCUCGAGGUUGCACACAGCCUGCACCGGCCCAUGGAGGGAGAGACUGCCAGGGGCCACGGAGGGAAACAACCUACUGCCAGGCCCCUGACUGUCCAGAUGAGGACUCCGGGUUCUCUCCUUGGUCAUCGUGGAGUCCUUGCACAAAGACCUGCACCGACGCUCUCAGCCCGGCUCUGAAGUCCCGCCAUCGACAGUGUGUGACACCACCCUGUUCUGGAAGCUCUCACCAAGAGAAAGCAUGCAACUUGCCCCAGUGUCCAGGCGAGGUAUGUGUAGAGGCCGAGUGUGCGCGAAGGAACUGUUCGUGGACCAAGUGGGCAGAGUGGAGCGCUUGCUCACGGUCCUGCGGCGUGGGUCAGCAGCAGAGGGUCCGAACGUUCCUGAGCCCUGGAACAAACGGCUCGUGGUGUGAAGACAUCCUCGGAGGAAACGUGGAGCAUCGCUUCUGUAACAUCAAACCCUGCAGAGUUGAUGGAGGCUGGUCCCGGUGGAGUCCGUGGUCGCGCUGUGAUAAGCGUUGCGGCGGCGGACGCUCGAUACGCACUCGCUCCUGCUCUAGUCCUCCACCCAAAAAUGGUGGAAAGAAGUGUGCAGGAGAGAAGAACCAAGUGAAACCUUGCAACACCAAACCGUGCGAUGAUAGAGGGUGCCCACCAGGCCAAGAGUUUGUGAUGUGUGCCAACCAGUGUCCACAGCGCUGCUCAGACCUCCAGCAGGGCAUAGAGUGCCAGACCAACAGUGAAUGUCAGCCUGGCUGCCGCUGCCCUCAAGGUCAGUUGCAGCAGGACGGGGUGUGUGUGCAGCUGUGGCAGUGCGACUGUGUGGACUCAAUGGGGCAGAUUUGGGUGGCCGGCAGCACGCAUCAGGUGGACUGCAACAACUGCACCUGCUCUGAUGGACAGCUCCUCUGCACCAAUCACAGCUGCCAGGCUACCUGUGUUUGGAGCUCCUGGUCCAGCUGGGCUCCCUGCAGUGUUUCCUGUGGACAGGGCCAGAGAACCAGAUACAGGUCUCUGACCCCAGACACUGAGGGAACACAUUGCCACUUUGAGGAGGUCCAGCACAGACCCUGCAGUCCAGGAACCUGCCCGCCUCUCUGUCUCCUUGACAACCAGACGCUCAGUGUGGGUGACACCUGGCUCCAAGGAGAAUGUAAACAAUGCACGUGCACUCCAGAGGGAGUUUUCUGCCAAGACAUUGACUGCAGAGUGGAUGGUGCUUGGACCCCCUGGUCGGUGUGGUCUGACUGCUCAGUGACUUGUGGUCGGGGCACACAUGUUCGAACCCGCGCCUGCAUCAACCCCCCACCACGAAACAAUGGGUCUCACUGCAGUGGGCCAGAGAGAGAAACACAGGACUGUCAGACCCCUCCGUGCCUGGAUGACCUUUGCCCUUGGUCUCCUUGGUCACCGUGCUCCCAGACGUGCGGGGCGGGGUCUGUAUCACGACACAGGGCUUGUGUGUGCGAGCAGGGAGGAGAUGCGGCGUGUCCCCCUGAGAUCGAGGCUGAAAGGAACAGUGUGGAGACGCAGCUGUGCUACAAACAGCCCUGUCCAGGCUGUCCCAUGUCAGCGUGGAGUGUUUGGUCUCAGUGUUCCUGUGCGUCCCAGAGGCAGCAGCGUUACCGUGUAGCUCUCUCUUCACCCACCAGGGGCCAACAGUGCACUCCUGUGGAAACACAGAGCCGGGCAUGCAGUCUCAGCCACUGUGAUGUCUGCGAAGCCCCGUUUGUGUACUCGGCGUGUGGCGCUCCCUGUGAGAAGCAGUGUGAACUGCAUGGCCGUGAAGAUCUGUAUGUGUGUUUUUCCUUCCAGGGCCUGCUGCAGUAUAAUGGGAGCUGUGUUCCUCCAGAGGAAUGUGGCUGCAUCCACUUGCAGCACCAAGCUUCAGGAGAUCCACCCACACCUGUCACGGUCCCACAGGGGGCCACGGUCACCAUAGGCUGCAGUACCUGUCUUUGUCAUGAUGGGAGUUUGCAGUGCGACAUGAGAGAGUGUGAAGUCGUCCUCAGCGAGUGGUCGGGCUGGACUCGCUGUUCUCCCUGCGUGCUGCAGCACAACAGCUCGCAGACAGUCUCGAUCCAGAGGCGCUUUCGAGCCUGUUUGGACCUGGAUUCUGGUCUUCCAGUCACUAAAGAGGAGGAGAGCCAGUGUCCAGGACUGCUGGUAGAGGAGAGGUCAUGUCCAGAUGCUAACAUCUGCAGAGAUGUGUGUCAGUGGAGUGCGUGGAGUGCUUGGACAGCGUGUGCUGAGCCGUGCAGCGGUGGAGUCAGGCAGCGCUACAGACAGCCCCUGGCCUCUCCUGCAGGACCCCAGUGUAGGAGCCAAGAGACCCAGACCCAAGGAUGCAACACGGCACUCUGCCCAGGUGAGCGCUGUGAGGACAGGGAUCGAGCCUACCAGGACAGCUGUGCCAACAAGUGUCCUCGCAGCUGCACUGACCUAUGGGAGCAUGUGCAGUGUCUCCAAGGAGCCUGUCACCCGGGUUGUCGGUGUCCAGAAGGACAGCUGUUGCAAGAUGGCCGCUGUGUGCCAGUGACAGAAUGUCGUUGUGGUAUCCCAUCAGGCAACGGGACACUGGAGUUCAACCCUGAAGAGGAGUUUACUGUGGACUGUAAUACCUGUGUGUGUGAGAAUGGCACUGUGGUGUGCUCCAAGCUUCCCUGUCCAGUUUAUGAGCCCUGGAGUCCAUGGAGCGCCUGCUCAGCUUCAUGUGAGCGAGGCCAGAGAACCAGGACACGCCACUGCCAGGACACAGAGGGUGGCCCGCCCUGUGCCGAAAUCACACAAACAGAAAUCUGUGAUCUGCCCCCGUGUCCCGGCACGCAGGUGUUCAGUGAUUGUUCAGCUUCCUGUCCGUAUACCUGCGAGGACUUGUGGCCACACACUCAGUGUUUACCUGGACCCUGCACGCCGGGGUGCACAUGCCCUCCUGGACAGGUGUUGCACAGGGGCUCCUGUGUGACUCACGCUGACUGUCCCUGUUCACCGCUCUCUUUGCCGGCUGAUUUUCAAAGCAGGAAUGUCAGCUCCGAGUACCUCACGGAAGCUCUGAUGCCACCGGGAACGGCCAUUCAGCACCUCUGCAAUACAUGCGUGUGCCAAGGUGGAAUGUUCAACUGCACCUCAGAGCCCUGUGAGGCGUGUCCUGAUGGGGAGCAGUGGAGGAGGACGACAUCAGAGGAGAUCCUGCUGUGUGAGAGGAGCUGCCAGGACAUUUAUUCCUCCUCUCCUGUCAACUGCAGCCACUCUGCUGAAGGCUGCGUGUGUCAGGAGGGGCUUUACCGAAACCCAGAGGGCACGUGCGUCAUCCCUGCCCUCUGCCCUUGCCAUGACCGGGGCGUCCUGUGGGAGGCUGGAUCAGAGUGGGAGGAGGACUGUCUGUCAUGCAGCUGUGUGAACGGGAGGAAACUGUGCCGGCUGAGGUGCCCUCCACUUUACUGCGAUGAGGGGGAGGUGAAGGUGGAAGAACCAGGCAGCUGCUGCCCAGUGUGUAGAAAGCAGUUUCCAGGUGAGCCUGUGCAAGAGUGUCAUCGCUAUGUGCAGGUCCGCAACAUCACCAAGGGAGACUGUCGACUUGACAAUGUGGAGGUCAGCUUCUGCAGGGGACGCUGCCUGUCCAGGACUGAUGUCAUCCUGGAGGAGCCAUAUCUCCAGUCAGUGUGUGAGUGCUGCAGUUACCGUCUGGACCCGAACACCCCGGUGCGCUUCCUCAGCCUGCAGUGUGAGAGUGGCGAGAGCGAGCCGGUUGUCCUGCCGGUCAUACACAGCUGCGAGUGCACUGGCUGCCAAGGAGGUGAUCUGUCCCGACGCUGAGCGAGUCUGUUAAACGUGUCUGCGAAUGCACUGCAGAGAGAUCAGUAUGAAGUCCAAAGCACGAAAGAGCACCUCGCUAAAAGCCGGCUGGGUGAUAGAUGGAGGAUUUUGGGUGGACGGAUGGAUGAGUGGAAAAAGUCCCUGUUGAUAAACACAGUGCUCUGUAGUGCUUAGUCAUCAAAUGACUGAAUCCUACUGCUGAUCGUAUAUUUCUUAAAUAUUCUGCAGCCUGUACAUUCUGCUGUGUAUUUAUAGAUUAAAGAUCCUAUGAUACAAGUUCUAAUGCAUUAAAAGAUGUUUCAUAUGUAUGUUUGUGUAUGUAUAUGUAACAGCUGUCUUCUUUAAGUCUGACUGAACUUAACAGCUACUAGUCUGGUAUAUAUUUCCAUGUUUACAGUGCAGUUCUGAUGGACUGGUCAAUAAAUGUUUUCUGUACAUGGACAGCACCUGUCUGUCCUUUUCUGUUUUCAGCAGGGUUACAGCAGCACAUACUUCUUGUUGCUUUGUGGGAAGUGGAAACACCACAUUAAUUUGCUGGACCACUAAAUAAA